AUGUCAAGUAGACAAAAAUUAAAAGCAACGAAUGAUAUAUUUGAAAUGAUAUCAGAAAAUGAUGAAGAUAUUAAAUUUGAUGACUGUGGAAUUUUAAAACCAGUUACUGUAUCAAAAUCAACGAUUGUUGUUUCAAAUGAUGAUUAUCCUCAUUCACCUACACCAGAAACAACACCUAUAUGCGAUAGUGAUAAAAUUUAUUGCGGUCCCAAACGGUGA